GAGGCAAAGGAGAAAGGCCGAAAGAUGUUAAAGAAGUUAAUUGGAUAGGCGAUAGAUUUGUUAUUUUCCGCAACAACAAAACGGGAAGCGGAAUGUUAGGAGCCGAUUUUGAGAAACAGUGCGAGGACCUUGAUGACUUUUAUGCGUCUAUUAACAAAGGCCGAGGCAUAAAGUUAGCCGAUAUUAAAUAUGAUGUCUAUUACGACCAAGAAGGGGGAAAACAAAGGGAGCAAUUAUGGAAAGACCUUUAUAAUUUGCUCUCAAUAACCAAAUCUUUUAAUGGUAUUAGGCAUGUAUUAGCCGACCAAGCCGAGGACAAGGAAAGGCAAAGCGUCCCCGAAACUUUUAUCAGCAAUAGCGA